CUCACUCGGGGAUGGGUGUUCAGAGGUGGAAUGAGGACGAGAGAUAUGAGGCCCUAGCCAUGAGGAGAGCAUAUCUUUUCAACCACUGGAACCAGUUUGACCUGUUUAUCAUUGCAAUGGCUGCUGUAGACAUCAUUUUUGAUCAGCUCUUUGGAUUUUCAGACCUUAACAUACACAUGAUUAAAAUUGUAAGAGUGUUUCGAAUGUUUCGCCUUACUAGGGCCCUGCGUUUGGUUAAGAUUAUGAUACCCAGACUUAUUGAGCUGCUCAACAAGCAAAUAAACAAACAGCUAAGCUUUGGUUAUGACAUUGGAAAAGGAUAUGUUGUUGGAGAAGAAGAUAUAAGCAAGAUUGUUGACCAUAUUUCUGAUGAAAAGUCUAUUGCCCAGAAACUUAGAAAUAUACUGGAGAAAAACAGACAAGAAGCUGUCAGAGAACUUGGGUUGUUGCAGCGAGACCAUCCAGCAAUUGCCAUCUCUGUUAAAACCAGGCAGGCAAUUAGAACAGUUCUGAACAGCGAGAGAGACACUAUACAUGCUCUCAUGUCUGGCGGGCUCCUUGAUGACAACGAGGCUUUAAAGCUUGAAAAGAUGAUUGAAAUAAAAAUGAAGCAGCUGAUAAAGUUUCCACCAGCGAUACCACCACCAACUGCUGAAGAGCUUUUAGUGAAUGUGCCUUGGUUAGAGAAAGGGAAGCUCCAAAUUCAGUUUAUAAAGAGCAGAGGGAAGCUUCUUUAUUUUGACUAUGGAGAUACCAUCAUUCGUGAAGGAGACGAACCUCAAGGAAUUCACCUGGUUGUUUCGGGCAUGGUGAAGGUUCAUGGCACUAGCCCAUACCUUGGGACAAAGAAGCUAGCCCUGGCCUCUGAUUCAGCAGAGAUGUCUAGACUUACUGAUUACAGGAGCAGUGGUGCCAUUCUUGGAGAUCUGAACUGCUUGACGCAACAGAGAAUGGAAAUCACAGUCACAUGUGAAACUGCCACUCAGACCUGUUUUAUUUCAACUGAUACCCUGUUUGAAGCUUUUGAUGUGUUUUCUGAAUUUCCUUCACUGGAAAAUAAAAUUUGGCAUUCUCUGGCAGUGAAAAUCAGUGUUAGUACUUUCAUGGAAAACAUCAUCUAUCAGGGUUGGACCUACAAUAAGAUUUGUGCAUACCUGGCACAUGCCUUUUUAGUCGAUGUGGACAUGAACAGCAAAUUCAAUACCUACGAUGGAAGCAUGGAGGAGGUGGUUCUUGUGUAUGGAAGCUGUGAUGAUACUCAAAACCAAAAAUCGUACGACGCACCUGCUGUUAUAUCAAAAAUAACUCGUCAGAUUACGAGUACCACCAAUUUAACGAAGGUAUUCAUUGUGCCAAGUACGGGUGCAGAACUGAAGGGGCGGCCUCCCAGUGCACAGCUUCAUGAUGGAGGGAGUGCUCCUUGUCUAAGACACGCAGCUGCACAUCGAAGAGAUUCCAAGAUAGCUACGCGAGGAUUACUUCAGACUGUCAGUGGAAUCCUCCAGUGUUCGCCCUCUCAGGGAAAGGUAACUCCAACUGAAGAGAAAACGACAGCUGUUAGUGUACAUUCCGAGCAACAGGAAUCUACUUCAUUUUGAAAUGUGAUGUAUACAAAUGUUAAACAUGAUUCAUUUAUGUAUUUACUUCAGACUUUUGUAGGGACCAAUUAUUUCUACAUCUGUUUACAAUUAAAGCAACAUUAAACACUUUGAUGUUUAUAUAAUAAUCGUGCGACUUUUGCUAGGCAGUAUUUAAAGGAAUUUUAAAAUAGCAGAAGGUAACGGCAACAAAAUAUUUGUUUGAUAAAGUUAAACUGAACUUACUGUACAUAUUUAAUAGGCUACUGUAUUGUACCAUCAGUUAUUCUCCAGCUUUCCAUAAUAUUGCAUUUAGGUUUACAGCACACCCUUGUGGUCUUUCAGACACACUAAAUUGGUCCUUAGAACUAUUUAAAAUGCCAUCUACAAGACUUGGAAACAAUUUUAGGGGUUUAGUGUCUACAAUUACUUUGCACUAAAGAGCAACCUUAGGUAAUUAUGUUCAGUAUUUUUUUUCACAAACAUCAUUCCUACAAAAAAAAAAAAGUUGAUUACAUUAGUAUUUGUGCAGGUCAUAGGCCAUGCCAUGAAUUGUCAUUAUGGUAAUUUCAUCUAAACCCAAAAUGGUUACUUUUUGUAGUCAAAAAAAAAAAAAAAAGACUUUUACAUAAUGUCAAAACCAAGUUUCUUUACUAGAGGCUAAAUGUUGUUGCUUGAACUGAAAAAUUACCUUCUGCCCUGUAAAUGGCAGACCUGUAUAUUACCCCCCACCCCUCACAGUUAAACAUUCCCCAGAACUGAAAUUAACAGAAUGUACCUGAGAAUCUUCAAAUGCACCAUCAAUCCUUUUAGCAUAUAGGCAUUUGUGAUGGUUUCCAUUGGAGGGAUAACAAUAAAAUAGAUAGGAUCGGUAGUGGACAUCAAAAGCAAUUAGAAAGUUUAAAACUGCAAAAAUUGCUAAUAACAACAGGGUUAAGAAAGUUAGUAGUAGGUGUUUUGCUAAUGGAGUUCUUACUGCCAAAUGCCUGUUGAGGUCUUCAAGUUACGCUUAAAAAGGCAGUUCUUGUACACCAAAAAAAACCCAUUCCUGUUUAUCCUGAGGGAAGCAACAGCAGUAUUCCAUAAUUCUAUCAGCUUCCGAGUGGAAAUGUAAAAGGUCAAAUGAGCGCUGAAAGCUUUACUGUCAACUACGUCAAACAAUGACAACUGAAGAGCCAUCUGGUCUUGGAGAGUUAGGUUCUUACUUUUUGCAUAACUACAUUUAAAAUAACUAAUCUGGAAUGGCAUACCACACCAAUCAUUUAAAUGGUUUGACUUGGUAAAACAGAGAUUAUAAGCUGUUUUCUGUGCUGAACUAAACAAAAUGCCACACAAGGCAUGGGCUUACGGUUUACUCAAGGGUGUAUUUCUGUAAAUUAUUCUUUAAAUCUCAUAUCCAAGUUAAAAUUAAAAGCAAUAGGUCAGUCAAUGGCAGCAGCUAAAAAUAAAUUAAUGCAAAGGAGGAUUUUCACAUAUCUGAACAGGCCU